AUGGAUGGCCCGGCGCGAUGCAACGGGCUUCGGAAGAAGCGGCGAUCGCGGUCCCAGCGCGACCGGGAGCGGCGAGCCAAAGGCGGGCGGCGCGGCUCUGCCGCCGGCGGGGCCGCCGGCCCCGGGGCCGCCGCGGCGCUCUCCUCCUCGGGCUCGGAGAAGGAAGACAAUGGGCCCCCGCCGCCGUCCCGGCCGCGGCCCCCCCGGAGGAAGCGGCGGGAGUCCUCCUCGGCCGAAGAGGACAUUAUCGACGGUUUCGCGAUGUCCAGCUUCGUCACUUUCGAGGCGCUGGAGAAGGACAUAGCUCUGAAACCUCAGGAACGUGUGGAGAAGCGACAGAAUCCUCUAGCCAAGAAGAAACGGGAAGCACUUACCAAUGGGCUGUCAUAUCUUCCGAAAAAGAACAGACUUCACCACCACCAGUACAGCUCCGACCGAGAAAAUGAUCGUAAUCUUUGUCAGCACCUUGGGAAAAGGAAGAAAAUACCGAAGGGCCUCAGACAGCUCAAGCCGGGUCAAAACAGUUGCCGAGACAGUGACAGUGAAAGCGCCAGUGGGGAAUCGAAAGGUUUCCAUCGAAGUAGCUCUCGGGAAAGACUCAGUGACAGCUCAGCUCCUUCCAGCUUGGGAACAGGCUACUUUUGUGACAGCGACAGUGAUCAAGAAGAAAAGGCAUCUGAUGCCAGCUCUGAAAAACUGUUCAACGCUGUUACAAAUAAAGAUAAAGAGUUAGGAGUCAGUACGCUAGCUGAAAAUGACAACCCUGGUGCUAGGGGCCCAGCUGUCCCGAAAAUAUCAGGAUUAGAAAGGAGUCAAGAGAAGAGCCAGGACAGCAGUAAAGACCCAAUACUUGAGCCUGUGGUGCCUAAAGACCCUUGUCCUCAGGUGACACAGCCUUUGGCCCAGCCCCAGUUGGAGCCGCAGCCUGAGGCGCCCUGCCCCAGCCCUGCGCUCGCCCCGCGGCCGGAGGCUCCUGCCCAGCUGCCCCCGCCGCAGGCCACGCAGCUGCCACCAGCCCCGGAAGAAGCCGCCCGCCCGCCUGCGCCGCAGCCGCCCGUCCAGCACCCGCCCCGGCCGCAGUCGCCGGUGCAGCCGGCCCAUCCAAACCUCCCUCCGGCGCAGCCCCAUCCGGCCUCUCAGAGCCUCUCGCAGCCACUCUCUGCCUAUAACAGCAGCAGUUUAAGCCUCAACAGCUUAAGCAGCAGCAGAAGCAGCACUCCUGCCAAGACUCAGGCCCCUCCUCCACACAUAUCUCACCAUCCCUCAGCCUCACCAUUCCCCCUCUCUUUACCCAGCCACAGCCCGCUGCAUACCUUCACGCCCACCCUCCAGCCCCCCGCACACCCACAUCACCCCAAUAUGUUUGCCCCUCCUACGGCUUUGCCUCCUCCACCUCCAUUGACGUCAGGGACACUGCAGGUUCCAGGACACCCAGCUGGUAGUACUUACUCAGAACAAGAUCUUCUCCGUCAGGAACUAAACACGCGAUUUUUGGCCUCGCAGAGCGCAGAUCGUGGGGCCUCCCUGGGCCCGCCACCAUACCUGAGGACCGAGUUCCACCAGCACCAGCACCAGCACCAGCACACACACCAACACACGCACCAGCACACCUUCACGCCUUUCCCUCACGCCAUCCCACCCACUGCCAUCAUGCCAACGCCAGCACCGCCCAUGGUGCGUACCCCAGGCAGAAAUUUUGACAAAUACCCUACAAAAGUUGACCCCUUCUACCGUCACAGUCUGUUUCACUCCUAUCCUCCAGCUGUAUCAGGUAUUCCUCCCAUGAUUCCUCCAACUGGCCCCUUUGGCUCGCUACAAGGAGCAUUUCAACCCAAGACUUCCAAUCCCAUUGAUGUUGCAGCCAGACCUGGAACUGUCCCACAUACCCUUCUGCAGAAAGAUCCACGGUUGACAGAUCCGUUCAGGCCCAUGUUGAGGAAACCUGGAAAGUGGUGCGCUAUGCAUGUUCACAUCGCCUGGCAGAUAUACCAUCACCAACAGAAAGUCAAGAAACAGAUGCAGUCUGAUCCGCACAAGCUGGACUUUGGCCUGAAACCUGAAUUUCUGAGCAGGCCACCAGGCCCCAGCCUUUUUGGAGCCAUCCACCACCCCCAUGACCUGGCCCGGCCCUCGACUCUCUUCUCCACAGCCAGUGGGGGUCAUCCAGCCGGCACCCCUUUCGGCCCACCACCCCACCACAGCAACUUUCUCAACCCAGCUGCUCACUUAGAGCCUUUCAAUCGACCGGCUUCCUUCAGCGGUCUCACUGCAGUGGGUAGUAAUGCCUUCGGGGGACUCGGGAACCCGACAGUUACACCCAACUCAAUGUUCGGCCACAAGGAUGGCCCCAGUAUGCAGAGCUUUAGCAACCCUCACGAGCCCUGGAACCGACUGCACCGAACUCCUCCUUCGUUCCCGACCCCUCCGCCCUGGCUGAAGCCAGGAGAGCUGGAGCGCAGUUCAUCUGCUGCAGCUCAUGACAGAGAUAGAGAUGUAGAUAAACGAGACUCAUCUGUUAGUAAAGAUGACAAAGAAAGGGAGAGCAUUGAGAAAAGACACUCCAGCCAUCCUUCGCCAGCACCUAUCCAUCCAGUAAACUCCCUCGGACAUAAUCGCAGCUCAAAUGAGCAGAUCAGGAGCCAUCUGAAUCCCGAGGUUCGAGAAAAAGAGAAACCCAAAGAAAGAGAGAGGGAUCACUCCGAAUCUCGGAAGGAAAUUAAUGUUGAAGAGCACAAGGUGAAGGACAACUAUAUUUCGGAGAAAGAAGGGCUGAGCCAUGAAAGCCGAGUGGUGGAAGAGUCUAAGCAAAUGCCCAGGGUUCCUUCACCCUAUGCUAGGCCUCCCGUUGUGGAGAGCACCAGGCCUAAUAGUACUUCAAACCGUGAGGCCGAGAGGAAGAACGAGCCAGCGUACGAUAAUCCGAAGAAAAGCAAUGAAGUCAAAGUGAAGGAGGAGCGAAAGGAAGACCAUGAUGUUCAACCUGAGGGACCUCAGACUCAUAGGUCAUCUGAUCAGCCACCACCUAUAUCUACAUCUAACGUCCAUCCAAGUCCUUUAGUUUCUAUGCCCAUGACUGUAGGUGUAACUGGUAUACAUCACAUGAACAGCAUCAGUGGCCUGGAUAGGACUCGCAUGAUGACCCCUUUUAUGGGAAUUAGCCCAAUUCCUGGUGGAGAACGUUUCCCUUAUCCUUCUUUCCACUGGGAUCCAAUGAGAGAUCCCUUAAGAGAUCCGUACAGAGAGCUAGAUAUUCAUCGGAGAGACCCCCUGGGCAGAGACUUUUUGCUAAGAAAUGACCCCCUUCAUCGUCUUUCUACGCCAAGAUUAUAUGAAGCAGACAGGUCAUUCAGGGAUCGGGAACCUCACGACUAUAAUCACCACCACCAUCACCACCACCCUCUCUCUGUUGACCCUCGACGUGAGCAUGAGAGGGGCAACCACUUGGAUGACAGGGAGCGGUUGCAUAUGCUCAGAGAGGACUAUGAACAUGCACGCCUGCACUCAGUUCACCCUGCCGCCUUGGAUGGGCACCUGCCUCACCCAAGCCUAAUCACGCCAGGACUUCCUAGCAUGCACUACCCCAGAGUCAGUCCCCCAACGGGACACCAAAAUGGCAUCCUCAACAAAACUCCCCCCACAGCAGCUCUCAGUGCCCCUCCACCUCUUAUUUCUACUCUGGGACCUCGGCCUGGGUCUCCCAGAAGGACUACUCCUCUGUCAACAGAGAUGAGAGAGAGGCCUCCUUCUCACACCCUCAAGGACAUUGAAGCUCGAUAAGCAGAGUGAGACUAAAUAAAAACCAGAGAAAGAGGGACAGAACGUUGUAAAUGAACAUAAUAUAAAGACCUUCUUACUAGUCAUUGAUACAGACUGGGGAUGUGACCCACUGUACAAUAUGUAUAGACCUGAGUGCAAAGAUUUUGAAAUGGUUUUUUUGUAUAUUAUAUGUUGAAAUUUUCCAGAUCUUUUAGCCAAGUCCAUAUGUUCCUCGUGUCUCCUACUCUAUUUUAUUUCUAGUUUAAAAUUUUCAAAAUUUGAACUGAAGAACAAGACAUUAAUCUGAAUGAUUUGACUAGAAACAAACCACCACCAAUGUCAACCAUACAAAGCUCUUUCAGACCAGAAGUGAAGACAAUUGUAGAUAUUUAUGUAAAAAGAUUGCUUCAUGGGUUAAUGGUUCAUAUAUGCAAAAAGGGUAAGAUGAAAGCUUUACUUUGUACAAAUGUAAAUAGAUAAAAUUAAGUAACAUAAUACAUUAAUACUUCUUAAACUGUGCUAUUUGCAAACUUAAUAUUGAUCAACACAGUCUGCUUAUGCUGUGUUACAUAUAUUGUUAUAGACAGCUAAACCCCUUCAACUAUGCAAUGAAUUUUAAGGCUUUUCACAAAAGCCUUUAUAACUCAAAGGAGCCUUUUCAACACACAACAUAAUUAAAGUCAUAUUUUCCCUGAACAAGCUCAUCUAUAAUAGAAACUUAUUUCUCUUGCUUGUUUUGAUGAAGAAACAGCCCGUUAGAAGUGUAGUUUUCUGUCUGAACCCCUGCAUCAAGAUGCUGAUGUUACUGUAGCUCAUGUAUUCCUUAGAACGCGUCAGGGUUAGCGAUCUGUAAUCACUGAUACUGUAGUGAUGACAAAUUCGUUUUCAGUCACAUUAAUCUGGGUUAAACGGAGUAAUAAUCAAAUGCUGGAUAUUUUCCAGAACUUUCGUCACUUAAUGUGUCAAAUUUAUUUUUGGAAGAACAUCUGCUUAUAGCCAUUCAUGUCUGUUUUUAUUGCCAGUGUGUCAUUUUUAUCUGUACACACACUUUUUUUUUUUAACAUGAUCUUGCGCUACAUUGAAACAACUCUUACAAGAAAGCUAAUACUUUUCUAAAUGAUGGGCAUGUUUUCACUGUGGAUCAGUAGUUUAAUUAAUGAACUCCGAUGCAGAUUUCAUAAUGCAAUUUAUUGUAUUUCAGUUGGUAAUAAAGUCUGUGAAUAGUUAACAGGUCAGCCUUGUGGUUCCCUAAUCAUAGAAGACAUGAAAUAACAUGAAGAACAUGGUCCUUUUUAAAAAUAUGCAUCAAUCUUCUGAAAUCUGUCUUUUCAUGACACACUUUUUUAUAAUGCGUUAAGUUUCUUGUCUAAAUAUUUGGAGAGAAUAUGACUUUAUCAGAGAGAAUUCAGUAUCUUGUCUACUGGACUGUAAAAUAUAUGUAUGAAAUAAAAUUAGUUCCAUUGGU